UGCAGCAAUGUCGAGGGCUGCAUGGAACUACAACUAUGAGAAAGGGCUUGUUCACGUUAUGAGAGACCAUGUGAACAUCCCUAUGUUCAGGGGUCAGAAUGGAUGGACUGUUGAGGGUUGGAGAAGUAUCUUAGAGAAAUUCAACCAGCAGUUUCCUUCAGCACACUUCACAAAGGGGCAACUACAAGAGAAGGAGAAGGAGCUAAAUGGAAGUUGGAAGGCAAUACGAGAUGCUAGAAAGGAAAGUGGUGUUGGUUGGAAUGACUUGCUGAGCAUGAUCAUUGCUGAGCCGGAGAAAUGGAAAAAACUAGUUAAUGAUAAUGCAAAAUUGGCUAGGUUCCAGAAGAAGCCAUUUCCUUUAUAUGACGAUUGUACGUCCUUGUAUGCAGGAAGUGUUGCUACAGGAGAACUAAACUUCACAUCAACCGGGCACUUGGCACCUGCUGCUCAACUUCCUGCUGCUGCUCCACAACCUCCUCCUGCUCCACUUCCUCCUGCUGCUGCACUCUCUGAGAGAAGUGCUAGAAGUGCCUCAUUUACUUCAUUGGAUGGACCAGACAUCACAAGUGCACAUAAUGAAGCUCAAUCUGCACAUUCCAAUCAAGAUUUUGUGGAAGGAGCAAGUGGAAGGAGGAAGUGCAAGCAAAGUCAUAUUGGUUCUGCUAUUGAGGAUUAUGUGCAGUAUAAGAAGAAGCAGACAGGCAAAACCAUCGAAGCUCUCGAAGAAAGGAAGAAAAAAGAAGAAGCAUUUUCGGUCCCCAAGUGUCUCGAUGAAAUGGACGCAAUGGAUGGACUUACUGAUGUGGAGAAGUCAUAUGGUAUGGAUAUCUUCAAAUCUGAGAUAGACAGGGAGGUAUUCAUGAACAUGAAAAACAAAAAUGUUCGAUUUAUUUGGCUCAAGCGCCAGAUUAGUGCUCUUGGUGGAGGCAAUGUUUGAAUUGAGAUGAAAAAUACAGGUACAGUCAUUGUGGAUAAGGACUCUUGAUGGAAGCAAUGGUGGAUAUCUAGAUGGAAGCAAUGUUUUCCCUUUUUUUCUCGAACACUACCCAUGAAAAGGAGUUAAACCAUAAUUUGUUUUUUGAUUAGAUGUCUUGGAUAGAUGAAGAUUAUUUAUGAUUUGGCGAAGAAUGUAUUAACUAAGUUGAAUUUGCCACUCGAAUUAAAUUUUUUCAUGUAUUGUACUAUGUCAAAUAAUUAUGGUCUUGUGAUUUUCCAUGUAUCAUGUCCAUGAAAAUGUUGUGGUUGUUGGCAUUGAUCUGUCGGGAUUUUCCAUGUA